CCUUUUUCCUUUUCAACAACACACACACACAUCACAUCAAAAAGGCACGUUGUGUUAAACGAAUUUGAUUUUUCCCAUUUUUUUUUCUCUAACAUUUUCCCAACUUAAUUUAAUUUUUUUAGAUUUGUCCUUAAAAGUUUCAAUCCUUGUUUCACAAAUUUAACGAUGGGCAGGGAGGACAGAUCUACCUGGAAAGCCAACUAUUUCACCAAACUUUUGAGUCUGUUGGACGAAUAUUCGAAAUGUUUCAUCGUAGGUGUCGAUAAUGUCGGAUCGAAACAAAUGCAAACGAUUCGUCAUUCGCUUCGUGAAGAUGCUGUUUUAUUGAUGGGCAAAAAUACGAUGAUCCGUAAGGCUAUUCGUAGCCACAUCGAUAACAAUCCGGCUUUGGAGAAAUUGUUGCCGCAUAUCAAGUCCAACAUUGGUUUCGUUUUCACUGAAAAGGAUUUGGUCGAUAUCCGAGAUAAAAUUUUGGACAACAAAGUUCAAGCUCCAGCUCGUGCCGGUGCUUUGGCUCCUUGCGACGUAAAGAUCCCGGCGCAAAAUACUGGCUUAGGUCCGGAAAAGACCAGUUUCUUUCAAGCUUUGUCGAUUCCGACCAAAAUUUCAAAGGGUACUAUUGAAAUUUUGAAUGAAAUCCAUUUGAUCAAGAAGAAUGAUAAAGUUGGUGCUUCUGAAGCCACUUUGUUGAACAUGUUGAACAUCUCUCCGUUCACUUAUGGCUUGGUAAUUCGUCAAGUAUACGAUUCGGGUACCGUUUUCGAUCCUGAAAUCUUGGACAUUACACCGGAAGAUAUUCGUAUGCGUUUCUUGCAAGGUGUGCGAAAUGUUGCUGCUGUAUCGUUGUCGAUCGGUUAUCCAACCUUAGCAUCGGUACCGCAUUCAAUUGUAAACGGAUUGAAGAAUUUGAUUUCGGUUGCAUUGGUCACCGAUAUCGAUUUUGAAGCCGCAUCGCGUGCCAAGGAAUAUUUGAAAGAUCCAUCGAAAUUUGCUGCUGUAGCUGCACCGGUUGCUGCUUCCGGUGAUGCUUCAGCUCCUGCUGCAGCUGCCGAAAAGAAAGAAGAAGAAGAGGAGGAAGAGGAAGAUGAUGACAUGGGUUUCGGUCUUUUUGACUAAGAAAAUGAAAUCGUUUUUUGUAUUGUAUAUCUCUUUUUAUUGAAUGAUGAUGAAUAUACAAUUCAAUUUUAUUUUGAAAAAAUAAUAAAAAAAUUGCAAUGGCACA